UCGCUUGCGUUCGCUGCGCAAGACGAUGAUCAGGAGGGGAGAACCUGCUUUCAUUCUCGUCCGGACAUCUCGCGAGGUUUACAUCAGCAUUUGUCCAAGAUGGCGGCUGUCGAAACACCUCACACUGAGAGCUGGCUUCGGACCCGGGACGUUGUCUUGCAAGAAGGGCCCGAAGACUUCAGCUCGCUGCUGCUUUCCCCUCCCGUGCUGGAAGGUCUGAAGGCUGCCGGGUUUCUGAGGCCUUCUCCCGUGCAGCUGAAAGCCAUCCCUCUCGGGAGAUGUGGUUUAGAUCUCAUUGUACAAGCAAAGUCUGGUACUGGUAAAACCUGCGUCUUCUCUACUGUUGCACUUGAUUCUCUAAUCCUGGAAAGUCCAGUUACACAGAUUCUAGUCUUGGCUCCCACUCGAGAAAUUGCUGUACAAAUACAUGCAGUUAUUACAACUAUUGGGAUCAAAAUGGAAGGCUUGGAAUGUCAUGUUUUUAUUGGAGGCACACCUUUAAAUCAAGACAAAACAAGGUUGAAAAAGUGUCAUAUUGCAGUUGGUACCCCUGGACGUAUAAAGCAACUCAUAGAGCUGGACUUCUUGAAUACAUCCAGCAUCCGUCUCUUCAUUCUUGAUGAAGCUGAUAAGCUUCUAGAAGAAGGCAGUUUCCAGGAGCAAAUCAAUUGGAUUUAUUCUUCUCUGCCAGCCAAUAAGCAAAUGUUAGCCGUUUCAGCCACCUACCCAGAAUCACUGGCUAAUACUUUGACUAGAUACAUGAGAGAUCCCACUUUUGUGAGAUUAAAUUCCACUGAUCCAAGUCUCAUUGGAUUGAAGCAGUACUUCAAAGUUGUGAAUUCUCACCCAUUGCCUCACAAGACUUUUGAGGAGAAGGCUGAACAUUUACUGGAGCUGUUCAGCAAGAUUCCUUUCAACCAGGCCCUGGUUUUCUCGAAUCUGCAUAGCCGAGCCCAGCACCUGGCAGAUUUACUGACAUCCAAAGGUUUUCCUGCUGAAUGUAUUUCAGGCAAUAUGAAUCAGAACCAGCGACUUGAUGCCAUGGCUAAACUCAAGCAGUUCCAUUGCAGGAUCUUGAUUUCAACUGAUUUGACAUCACGUGGCAUUGAUGCUGAGAAGGUGAAUCUAGUAAUCAACUUAGAUGUUCCUUUGGACUGGGAAACAUACAUGCAUAGAAUUGGAAGAGCAGGACGCUUUGGAACCUUAGGAUUAUCAGUGACAUAUUGCUGCCGUGGAGAAGAAGAAAACAUGAUGAUGAAAAUUGCACAAAAAUGUAACCUUCACCUUCUUCCUUUACCAGAACCUGUUUCCCCUGAACUGAUGGAACACUUUGAAAGUUGGGGUGUAGAAGUCACUGCUGUCCCUUAUCCCAAUGCUUCACUGUGUGCAUCUGUGUUACCAACAGAAAGCCUGGAAGGGACAAUGCAACAUAAAACAGAAAGGUCUAGAGCACAGGCUUCUCACGUUGCUUGUAAAAAUGUUCCUGCUGCAGAACCAAAGCAGAUUUUCAAGAAAAAGCAGCUACUUAAAAGCAGAGUGGAGCACAAUGAAGCAGCACUAACUGAGAAUCAGCGGGCUUCUCAUAGGGUCUCGCAGCAGAAACUUCAGGUGGAACCUGAUCUCCAUAUGGGUGGACACUGUAAGGAGGAGGCAGACAAGAAAAUCUUACAAGACAUGCUCCCUAAGAUCCCUUGCUUGUCCUCUUAUAAGAAAUGUCUGUUUACCAAUGCAUGGAGCAUGGCUGGGUUUGUUGAUGACUAUGAGUACUUCAUUAAGGAAGGGUUAGAAAGAGAGGUGGAGAUCAUAAGAAGUUUCACAGGACCUGGAGAGCAGCAUAAACACCCAGAAAGUGAUAGCUUUGAUUCUACAGGAAUAGAAUCUGGCAUAAAUACUGCAACAACGACCGGGGUGUGGACUGAAGAAUCUGGUAGUGAUAGUAGCUCUUAUAGUUCUGGAUCAUCUGCAUAUUGCCCAGAGGACCACUCCUAUGUCAAACACCCUUCAUCUGCACUGCAUAGUGACAACAUGCUCUCAACACAUCAGACUGUGCAGAGGCAGAUUCAGGAAGCCAGUCUCCCUGAGUGCAUCCAAGAGGCAUCUCUUACCCAGAAGAAGAUGAAAGAAAGCAAACAGAAGAGGCAAGACUGCUGUGCUCCCAUCACAAAGCCUUUCAAGAAAAACAAAUGUUCAGAGAACCUGAGUGCUGAGGAAUACUGGAGAUCGUAUUAUCGGGCAUGGCGGGACUAUUAUAAAGAAGCUUCUCGUUCAUAUUAUCAGAUGUACCAAAGACCACCCAACAUGGUGACUGCCUAUCAUGCCAAUGCAAUCUAUUUUGAAGAGUUGUUGGGGUGUUAUCAAUAGUGGGAAGAAGGUGCUGAGAUUGUUCCUUCCGUCUAAACAUGUCAAUAUAUUUGGUUGGUUUUGUUUGAUUCACUCUCUCUUUUAUGCUACCUUUUUGUUGUAUUUAUAUUCUGUUCCGUUUAUUCAUCAGAAAGUGAAGUGGUUUAGCAGCGUUUCUAGGAAAUAGUGCAAAAACAAUGUUGUGUUUUCUUUUUUGUUGAAAGAGUUUUCCAAGGCAUUAUGGUCAAUCUAAUAUGCCAGAAUUUUUUCUUCCUUAUGCCUAGUAAAAAUGUUUUUUAUAGCAUUUUAAGCUAAUUUCUAGACUUCAUAUGUAGGGCAGGCUGCCUGCUAAGAUAUAUCCAUUUCCUAUCUUAGUGGUUUCAGAUGAGAUUAAUGUGUACUUCUAGAAGGUCCUGGACCUGAUUAAUCUCAAGAUGCCUAUAUUUCUGUUCAGAAAAAAAACAUCUGGUAGCUGACUGCUAUUUUCAAAUAUGUAAAAAUACUUGUUAAAGGUAGCAGGAGUGAGAAUACAAGUCUCAUCAUUCCCAACCAGCAUGACUAAGCUAGGUUAUGUUUCUAUUGAGUUUCAGACUAAACUUUCUAUAUGUGAACAUUAAACUGUUGCAUGACCAAAAAUCUUUAAAAUGAAAACAAGAGUAUGUUGCCUGUUUUAGAUGAAGCAUAUUAUUUUAUCCUUUACUAUUCAAUAGAUGGUGCUGUUUACAUCCUGCCAGUGUAUAAUUCAGGAAAAAAGUCCAUAUCUGAAAGCUGGUACCUACUAUUUCAGCUUUCACGUUUUGUAAAGAAAGGGGUUUUUUUGUCCUAACCUUUCCUCCCAUAUUCAGUUUAACGCUUGAAGGAACUCCAAAGAGUAGCAGCUGGUCUGAGGUCAUCUGGUGAAAUUUGUGCCUGAACAGGGAUUUAACCAUCACACUACAAGUGGGGCAUCUCUUAUCUGGAAUUCUAAAAUACUCCCAAAUUGUCCACAUGGGUAGCAUAGAGCCACCUUUGCUUUUUGAUGGUUCGUUGUACACAAACUUUGUUUUGUGCACAAAAUUCUUAAAAAUAUUGUUUAAAAUUACUUUCAGGUUAUGUAUGUAAGAUGUAAAUGAAACCUCAAUGAAUUUCAUGUUUAUAUUUGGAUUCCAUCUCCAAAAUAUCUCAUUAUGUAUGUAUAUGCAAAUACUCUAAAAUCCAAAAAAAAAAAAAAUGAAAUCCAAAACAUCUGGUAUCAAAUGCCUUGAAUAAUGAGUACCCAGUCUAUAGUUUUAUAUGUAGUAACAAUUGAAAUAAUGCUAUGAUAGGGUUACAUAUAAAGAAGCAGGGCAACACCUGAUAAGUACUUGAAAAUGUGAAGAACAUUCUUUUCAUUUGGCACUAAGCUGCCAAUGUAUUGCUUGCUGUUUAUUAUUCCAAAUGUCACAGCUCGUCCUGAGCUACAGCUGCAGUUGUUCCUCCUAUUUGGAAGUGGCAUAAAUAAAAGCCAUAUCUCAAUUAAUGCAUGUUGCUGAUUUAAAUAAAAUUUAAUUAAAACUGUAUAACUAACACUUCCAGAGCUAGAUUGAGUUGGCCACGUGAUAGGAAAGAUUUUAAUUAUAUAUAUUCAAAAAAGCUUAUGAAGCUAUUCUAAUUAGAUCACCCUCCAGUAGGUGCCAAUAUCAGGCUUUCCAUUCAUAAGGGAAAACUUUAAUUAGAAAUAAAAUUACCUAUUAACUCUGAAACUAAUUGCCCUCCUUUGUUUCAUCUGCUCUAUAUCUAUCUCCAAUCAUGACAUGAUGGGAAGCUGUGUAGGUAAAUGCCUGAGUAAUGGUGCACAGAGAGAUUUGUGUCUGUCUUGUUAAUUCAGACCCUGCACAGGUUGAUAAGGACGUCACAAGGUUUAACUUCUCUUCCCUGCUUGUAAGUAGGCUUGCAGGUAAUCUUGUGAUUCCUUGCAUUUAAACUAAUUCAUUGCAAUGGGAGAGGAUAGUCACAGCUCCAGUGUGUGCAAACAAAUUUUCUGGAUGCUACGAUUUAUUCAUUUUGCUUGUCACAUUAUAUCAACAAAGCUGUGUAUGUCUGGAACAAGGAUAUUUGUUUAGAUUUUAGUAUGCCUACAGAACAAGAUGGAAUCAUAAUUAUUGAACCUACUUUCUUCUUAGUAACAUUUCCCUAACAUCUUGCUAGAGCACUUUUGUUAUAUCCAAACUUAAGGGGCAAAUAGGUUUUGAGUGAGGAGAUAAUGGGAUAUUUUAAACAUUUGUUUUUUAAGGCAUCUAGUUUGUUUUAUUUGUAACUAACCAACUCCAUGAUUAAAGAGAUUCCACCUGAACAUUAGGAAGAACUUCCUCACUGUGAGAGCUGUUUGGCAGUGGAACUCUCUGCCCCGGAGUGUGGUGGAGGCUCCUUCUUUGGAGGCUUUUAAGCAGAGGCUGGAUGGCCAUCUGUCGGGGUGCUUUGAAUGAGAUUUUCCUGCUUCUUGGCAGGGGGUUGGACUGGAUGGCCCAUGAGGUCUCUUCCAACUCUAUGAUUCCCCCCCCCCCCAUGCCAGAAUGUGCCAGGGACUGGUACCAUAUUUAUAUCCAAUGGCUAAUUUUUUUUCUUUCCUAAAAACUCACCAAGGACUGACAGCCAGUGGCUUUGUUCGCCAACAUAAGUCCCUGGACUUUUAGUAACACUGUUCUACACUACUAGAAAAUAUCCUGCUCUGAUCGACCAUGAGAAAGAUGUUGACGGGUGGUGCCACAAGAGAGCCUCACUGAAAUGAUCUCAAGGACUUAAGUAGGAAAGUAGGAAGCAGUUGUAUACCAAGUUAAAGCACUAGUUCAAGUAGCCCAUUACUAUCAUGUCUAAUCAACAGUGGUUCCCUAGAGCUGCAGGCAAGGUUUACUUCCUAGACCUAUCAGAUAUUCCUACUGGUCCAAACGCUAUUCAAGCCUAACCUGUAAUGACAUUUGAAAUUACGGGACAUCAGAUAUGUUCCUGAUGGUAAGGAACAUUCUGUAAGGAAAAAGGUAUCUUGUGUAAAUAGGUCCUAAGUAGAUUAGGGCAUCCUAUAUUAACAGCAAAAUUAAAUCUUUCCCCACCAGCAAUGAAAAUAACAAACCAAGUAUUGCAUACUACUGGUAAGUUGCCCACUCAAGUAGUUGCAGCCUUAAAUCGCAGUCACAGUAAAGUUCUUAGAUUUGUUUUUUGAGUGUCUCGGAAAUCUACAAAACUUAGAUUGCUCAUUUGUCUACAUGUUAAUGCCACCCAACACACACACAGCUGAUCCACUUGGGAGUACUCAAAAGACUGCUAUGAAAUUCUGCAUUUUACACCGUAUUUCUAGUUUAUUGCUCAAGUCAUGAAGAAGGAACGAGAGAGUUGUAUGAUUUGUCACUUAAUAUUUGAGUAUCCUCUCAAAAUGAAUUUGGUGAAGGCAGAGCAUGAGAAGUUAUUUUUAAAAUCCAUUAAGACUUUACAUUGCAAAGCCCACCGAAGCAAUUGCCGUAUUUCAUUGCAUAAUUGUCGCCAUUGCAAAGAAGUCACACCCUCCUUUUGAGGAAGGAAAAAUAAGACUUGUCUUUCCCUGCAUAAUUGUCGCACCCUUAGUUCACCCAGCUGGGCAAGUGAACUUAGAGUGUGACUGCCCUUUUGCUAUUGUGGGGCUUGACUUGGCUGGGAGUCAAGUCCCACAGUGCAUAGAAAAAAGGGUGUGGGGGAGAGUGAAUUGGUAAAAGAAUGGCACACAUUUGUGAAAUAUCUCUACAAAAAGUAACCACAAAUUAAUGCACAAAAAUAAUAUUCCCUUUUAUCAUGUUCCUUUUGAACAGUGUGUCUUUUUAAAAAAUAGCUCAUUUCCGAUAACUACAUCACUUAGGUGUAGCUUCUUCCAUACUCUACACAAGGCAGACCUAGAAGAGCACCUUAAAAAGUUGAUUUCCGAGUACUUGAAACUUGUGCUAAAUUCUAAAUCACUUACUUGGAUAUAACUUGCUUCAGAGUUUCCAGUCACUGGUUUGCCUGCUGCAGACUUAUUCUGGAAUACUUUGUACUCUUGUUCUAAUCCAGCAAAAUGAUACUUUCCUAAAGAGAAGCUGUAUUCCUAGUUCAUCAACAAAGGAGCACUGAAAUCAACAGCUUAAGAAUGACCAUCUGAUAUAAAAGCACUUUUUAAACCUUAAUAGUUUGUAUAGUCUGCAAUGGAAGAGGAUGCCAUCUAGUGGGACAUGCAGCUUCUAACAGGUAGAAGGAACAUGUACAUAUCCUAGCCUUUGAUAGUUCAGCAAAGCUUGGAAAAGUUACUUUUUUGGAUGGCAACCCUCCCCCCACAAUCAGCAUGACCUUGGGCCAUAGUGGGUAGUGGAUUCUGCAAACUGCAGAAAUCUAGCCUUUUCAAGUUCUUUUCAGCACCAAUGCAAAAGUUACUUGCUUCUCAGUUCUGUAUUUGUCUUCCCUUUAUUUCCAAAGGCAUCUUUGGAAUGUAUCUUUACCACUUCUAUUUUGCUUGUUCCUUACCGUAGAAUCAUAGAAUCCAACCAUAGAAUCAUGGUUGGAUGAGACCACAAUGGUGGCUUUCAUAUUUGCCAGUCUGUUUCUAAUAGAUCAAACUGCUGCAUAAAAGCUCCUACUCUUGA